ACCAACCGCACGGACUGCUCGAGGCCGCGCCGCCUGCCGUCAAGUGCGAGGUUUUCAUCGGCUCCCUCGCGAAGGUAAAACCCUAGAAAAAGCUCGCUCCGAUCCCCGAGCCCCGUGUUGGUGAUGGCUUCCAUGGCGUUAUCUGCCGCCGCCGCCGCCGAUCUAUCAUCUGGCCGUUCCUAUGGGGUUGCGACUUGGACGCACCCCCGCCGCUCCCAGAAUGGCCUUUCUCUCUCUGUUCCGUCUGUGAAGUGCAAAUUGGUUGAGCCAUUGAGGUCCAACAAUGGCAAUCCUCCAGGCUUGCAAUUCCUCUAUGAUCGGACGAUGCCAAGUGCUGUAACGAUGCCGAUCAUGCAAGGCAUUAGCUCAAAGUAUGAUACAAGACUGCGUAUUUUUUCAGGCACGGCCAAUCCCUCACUUGCUCAGGAAAUUGCUAGCUACUUGGGCCUGGAACUUGGGAAGAUAAAGAUAAAGCGAUUUGCAGAUGGUGAAAUUUAUGUUCAGUUACAAGAGAGUGUUAGAGGGUGUGAUGUUUAUCUAGUGCAACCAACCUGUCCUCCAGCAAAUGAAAAUCUUAUGGAACUUUUGGUAAUGAUUGAUGCCUGUCGCAGAGCUUCUGCCAAAAACAUUACUGCAGUUAUACCUUAUUUUGGUUAUGCUAGGGCAGACAGAAAGACUCAAGGACGUGAAUCUAUUGCCGCCAAGCUUGUUGCUAACUUAAUCACAGAAGCAGGUGCGAACCGUGUGAUCGCAUGUGAUCUGCAUUCAGGACAGUCCAUGGGAUACUUCGAUAUUCCAGUUGAUCAUGUAUAUGGUCAGCCUGUGAUACUUGAUUACCUGGCCAGCAAGACCAUUUGUUCAAAUGACCUGGUAGUGGUCUCACCAGACGUUGGAGGUGUUGCCAGAGCACGUGCCUUUGCAAAAAAGUUAUCUGAUGCACCUUUAGCCAUUGUUGAUAAAAGGCGUCAUGGGCAUAAUGUUGCUGAGGUAAUGAAUUUGAUUGGUGAUGUUAAAGGAAAGGUAGCUGUGAUGAUGGAUGAUAUGAUAGAUACUGCCGGUACCAUAGCAAAGGGUGCAGCUUUAUUGCAUCAAGAAGGAGCAAGAGAAGUCUAUGCUUGCAGCACACAUGCUGUUUUUAGCCCUCCUGCAAUCGAAAGGCUAUCUAGUGGUCUAUUUCAGGAAGUUAUUGUCACCAACACUAUCCCUGUGUUGGAACAAAGAAAUUUUCCUCAGUUGACUGUUCUUUCAGUGGCAAACCUUUUAGGCGAGACAAUUUGGCGUGUUCAUGAUGACUGCUCUGUUGGCUAUGAACCCUAUUCUAGUCUGGACAUUGACUGAUCUCAUUGGAAGGUAAGAGGAUUUUGAGCAGUAGUCAUGGUUUUCUUGAUUCUGAUACUUCUGCUCAAUCAUAAUCUGUUCCCGUUAUCAUUGCUUGGUAUCUGUUGGAGUCAAAACACAAUCUAUGCAUAUGAUCAGGCUUCCUUUAUCUAUGUGAUGGCCAGGGCUGCUGCUAACCUCUAGCUGAAUAGCUGGAAAUAAGUUUUCUUGCGAGAUUUUCCAGGUAUAUGAUUCUGGAAAUGGUUCGAGACUUGUCUGCUAUGACUUGUUUUCAUGUUAUGCAAUGCAAGAACAUGCAGGAGCUCCAUCCAAGUUGUAAAUGUUCAGUGAUUGACCUGACCUGGUUUUGAUAUGAUUGGAACUAAUCGAAGUGCUUUAUG